GCGGUGGGCAGGCAGUUCCGCUCCGAGGGCGGAAGUGCGUGCCCAGGUUUCGGCCGCUGACCAGACAGCAACAUGGUGGCACCCGUGUUGGAGACGUCUCACGUGUUUUGCUGCCCGAACCGGGUGCGGGGAGCCCUGAGCUGGAGCCCCGGGCCCGGAGGGCUUAUGGCCUUCGGCACGUCCUGUUCCGUGGUGCUCUAUGACCCUCAGAAAAGGGUUGUUAUCACCAACCUGAAUGGUCAUGCUGCUCGAGUCAAUUGCCUACAGUGGAUUUGUAAACAGGAUGGUUCUUCUUCAACUGAAUUAGUUUCUGGAGGAUCUGAUAAUCAAGUGAUUCACUGGGAAAUAGAGAAUAAUCAGCUUUUGAAAGCAGUCCCCAUCUACGGCCAUGAAGGCCCUGUUUAUGCUGUGCAUGCUGUUUACCAGAGGAGGACACCAGACCUUGCUUUGCACACACUGAUAGUGUCCGCGGCUUCCGAUUCUACUGUUCGAAUCUGGGCUAAAGAGGGUUCUGAAGUGACAUGCCUUCAGACCUUGAACUUUGGAAGUGGAUUCGCUCUGGCUCUCUGCUUGUCUUUUUUGCCUAAUACUGAUGUGCCAGUAUUAGCAUGUGGCGAUGAUGACUGCAAAAUUCACUUAUUUGUUCAACAAAACAGUCAGUUUCAGAAAAUGCUUUUUCUCUCUGGACAUGAGGAUUGGAUAAGAGGCGUGGAAUGGGCAACCUUUGGAAGAGAUCUUUUCCUAGCAAGCUGUUCACAAGAUUGCCUGAUACGCAUAUGGAAACUGUAUAUAAAAUCAACAUCUUUAGAAACUCAGGAAGAUGAUAAUAUAAAACUGAAAGAAAAUACUUUUACUGUAGAAAAUGAAAGUAUUAAAAUAACAUUUGCGGUUACUCUGGAGACUGUACUAGCUGGUCAUGAAAACUGGGUAAAUGCAGUUCAUUGGCAGCCUUCAUUUUACAAAGAUGGUAUCCUACAACAGCCAAUGAGAUUGUUGUCUGCCUCAAUGGAUAAAACCAUGAUUCUCUGGGCUCCAGAUGAAGAGUCAGGAGUUUGGCUAGAACAGGUUCGAGUAGGAGAAGUAGGUGGCAAUACCCUGGGAUUUUAUGAUUGCCAGUUCAGUGAAGAUGGCUCCAUGAUCAUCGCUCAUGCUUUCCACGGAGCAUUGCACCUUUGGAAACAGAAUGCUACGAACCCAGUAAGGAAAAUGCUUUUAAAUCAUUUCUGAUCAAGUAGAGUAAAUCAUAAGUGAAACCUUGGGAAAGUGUUAUUUUACCUCUAACACUCUUUAGAAAGAUAGUAGAGGCAUUUAAGUUCAGAUAACAUCACUUUUUCUGUAGAUGUUAUUCUGUUGUUAUACUAAGUAAGAAACUUAUGCUUUUCUAAAAAUAAAAUUCAACUGUCUAGCAUUGUUGCAAUAUUAAAAUUUGCAUGUAGUUAAAUUUUCUACAUAAGUGAAGUUUAAACUGCAUAAAUUUUAAGCUCUCCCUUAAGCUAUAAGCAUUUUGUGAUGAGUUUUUCCUAAAAUGUUUAAUUUCUUUGUCUUCUGCAAGAUAACAUAAUUUGAUGUUUUCCCUAUUGGAUAGCUAGGUGCUCCACUGAUAAUUUGUUGAGUUGUUGAAUGACUGACUGACAUAAGGGCAUUUAGAAGGACCUGUUAUUUUAUGAUGGAAUAUAUUAAUGCUCUCAGGGGCUCUUGAUACGUGUAAUUCUAAAUGAUCCUGCAAAUAUUGGGCUUUUCUAGAUCUUUCUUACACUAUUUACUCUCUUGGAGAGGGAUAAUCUUCCUCUAGGUAAGUAUAAUAGCUGCUUUACAGUAUUAUUCCAAUCUCUUGCUUCCUAAUUUGCUUCCGACCUACUUCUCUGGAUUUGGGGAAAGGGAAUAACAGGAACAGUGUUAGGAGCACGUGGAUCUUGGCCCCAGAAAUUAUUAGCUAUGUUUCUGAGGACAUCACUGAACCUUUGUCUCCAGUUCCUCAUCUGUAAAAUAUGGACAGUAAUAACACCUACUGAGAGGGAUUUCGGAGUUUUGCCAAGAGAACACACUGCUCAUAGCAAACACUCUCUUCCAACAACACAAGAGAAGACUCGACACAUGGACAUCACCAGAUGGUCAAUACUGAAAUCAGAUUGAUUAUAUUCUUUGCAGCCAAAGGUGGAGAAGUUCUACACAGUCAGCAGAAACAGGACCAGGAGUGGACUGUGGCUCAGAUCAUGAACUCCUUAUUGCCAAAUUCAGACUUAAAUUGAAGAAAGUAGGGA